AUGCCGAGUUUCGCACGCCUGAGCAAGCUGAACAACAGAUCGCAGCCCGCGCUACCAGAGCAGCUGUCGACGGGAGCGAACUGUGGCGUGGUGCAAGCGCAGGCGGCACAUGAGCAACAACAGCAACAACAAGGCGAAGGCGGUUCAGGUAGCGGUGGCAGCGCAAGCCAGGCCGACUCUCGUGCUGCUGAAGACAUAGCUGCUGCUGGCCUGUCCCCGUCAGCCCUGCCCUCCUCCACUGCCACGCUCGGGUGCAGCGACAAUCUCGAAACAACCAGCCUGGCGGAGGCUCGACCACCCCCGCAGCAGCUUCAGCAGCAGCAGCAGCAGCAGCAACAUCAACAGCAGCAGCAACCGCCUUGGCCUCCACCGCCUCCGCAUCCUUUCAACCUUCAAUCCGGCGGCGUAAACCUCGUGCCUUGUCCCGUACAGACGUCGGGCCCUGCCGGCUCCCCUGUUUUUGAUGGACAUCAGGCGCCCACUCCUAUAGACUUUGACCCGGCUGUCGACCACUCUCAAACCCAGCGAUACGGAGCUCCCCUCAACUCUCACCACCACCACCACCUCCUCCUCCAUCACCACCACCACCACCACCACCACCAAGCACAGCAGCAGCAGCAGCAGCAGCAGCAGCAGCAGCAACCACAGGUCUACGGGGCUCCGUCGGGCUCCAUCGACGACCUCACGACCACAGGCCCGCACCAGCAAUCGCCGCAGCAACACUCGACAUCUGCUGCUCCUACUGCUGCUGCUACCCAGAAACGCUCUGCUCGUAAGCUGAUCAAGGGCUUGUUCGGCUCCAACCGCGAGUCGAAUGACGCUCAACAGCAACAACAACAACAGCAACAACAACAGCAACAACAACAGCAACCACAACAACAUCACCCGCCAGCACAACCAACCUCGUCGCAGCAGACUAUUAUUCAAAACCAGUCGGACCCAUACGACAACACGGCCGGACUUGCUCACAGGCCGUCACAGAGGGACUCUCGCGUGCUUUUGAGCAACAACUUCGUCCGCCAAGUCUCUCCCGAACACCUGGAGACGUCGCCGUACAACGAGGUUUAUCAACCGCCCGAUUACCCAUCUCCACGCAAACAGCCUCCCAACCAGCAACCUCCAUUGCCUUUGCAGGACCCACAACCACAGCCGCUUCAGCGCCAGGGGACGAUUCACAUCCAGGACCAGCAAGCUCAGCACGGAUCCCCCCAACAACAGCAAGGCGCAGCUCACGACCAGCAAGUUCACCAAGGACGCCAACAGCCCUUCCCUUACGCCUCGAGAACCGCCCAAGGUUCGUAUCAGCACACUGGAGAAGCACCCAUUGCAACGAGUCAGCAUCCCACUGGCCCGCACUUUCAAAACGUUGAGACAAUCUCCCAACUCUCUCACGAUUCUCUGGUGACCCAUUCUGAAGCGAGGUCUUCUCUGUCGCAGCACCAGGGACUCCAGCUCCAGGGCUUCGAUCACGCAUCUGCACCGUCUCAAGACAUCUCUACCCACACGCCGCUGAACCAGGGAGCGAGCGUCCAAGAACAGGACCAGGCAGUAAUGGCACCGCCCACACCUGGAGGAGGCGGACAGCCGACCAGCCGCCGCGCCCAGGACGCUGAGAAGGCGCUCCGCGGCCAAGUUGACGCACCGCCCGGCCCUCCUCCCGGUUACCAUCGCCAAGGCAGCAUCUCUCUCAACACGGUGAGCCCCGCGCCGGCCCCUGGUCAAGGCGUACCGUCAAACACGGGUUAUCGUGGAGACAGAGGCUCGCAAUACAUGGAUGCUUCUUCGGGUGCUGAGCAGGGUCGAAACAGCCCCCAGCCUUCGGAUAGAGACACAGAACUCGAGAAACAGUUCAAAGACCUUCUUGCGAAAUAUAAACACGUGAAGCGGUACUACUUUGAGAGCAAGUCCCAAAUCGAGCAGCUCAGCAGCCAGGUCGAGCAAUUGCAAAACGCCGUCGCCAAUCAACGCAUGUCUCAGUCGCGAACAGCGUGGGACGACAACGAGUACUCAACCAGGUUCAAUCGCCUCAACGGUGCCAUCAAUAAUCUUUCCUUCAACAUCCGGAAGGACUGGCGUUGCUUGCCUCCCUGGCUGGAUAAUCUGGUCAGCGGCGAGGCUUUGAAAACUGGAAAGCAGGAGAUGACGGCUGUUGGCCGCGCAGUCGUAUCCCGUUGGCUGGUGGAGGAGCUUUUCAACAGAUGCUUCCACCCUGCACUGGAGGCACAGUUUAGCGCAGAGCUGAAGGAGAUUGAGCUCAGCAUCCGAGGCAACUCGCACACGCUUUGCAGCCCGGAGGAGUUUGACGCCCUGACGACCAAGGUUGUCAACUGGAGGAUGGCGACGCUGGACGGACUGCAGAAGAGACUGGGCUCGGCAGAGGCAGCGCAAAACCGCGACAUGCUGACGGGCAAGGUGACGGCGAGCUUGACCGCGUAUCUGUACCACUAUCUCAGCUCGCCCCCUCCCCACGGAGUGGAGGGCAGCACAUCCGUGAUUGCGGAGCUAGCGGUUGCGAUUGCCGCCAACUUGCCGCUGGAGAGCCGAGAUGUAGCCAUCACAUAUCCUCUCCCAGGAAAUCUGGUGCAAACAAGCUUCAUGGAGGUUGAGAAGACAGGGCUGCCGUCGCUAGAUGGGCAAAGGGAUGGGGAGGGCGAUUCAGAUGCAGACGAGGACGAAGACGACAAGGAUACGAAUGCUAAAACUAGGGGGGACAAGGCGAAAGCCGGUGGUUCGAUCAAGGACGCGGCCAAGGUACGAUUCGCCGGAUUUGUUGCGUUGGAAGUUCGAGGUCGACAGGUGCUUGCCAAGGCUCCGGUUUGGACAUUUUGA